GGCAUUGUUGGGAUGCCGGCGGUGUCUGUCCCGGCACGUCAGCCAAUAUAUUUGGAGAGAUACAGCUCAGAGGCGUCCCGUUCCUUCCAACUCAUCAUACCACAUACCAAUUCCGUGUCUUGUGUUUUCUCACCGUGCGUUAGACAAGUUCUAUCGCCCUCACUUCUUCGCACCUAGUCACCACAUGCAAGUGAUUUCUCCUGCAUCCUGAGAAGACCUCACUUCUCCCGCCCAGCCUCUACCACCACACACACAUCUUCACCAUGGGUGCCACCACGGAACCCGUCGAGGAGAAGCAGGGAGAGCACAAGCAGUCAAAGUCCAACUAUGGCGACCGCAUCAUAUUAACCACAUAUCCCGGCCAGUCCGUGGUCGACCCGGUGCCGCUGACCUGGGGCGCCGCGACAGCCGAGGAGCGUGGGCCGAUCCUCGUGGCACGCAGCUCCGAGACGCUGAAGCGGCGCAACGCCAUCGGCGCCCACGGCGGCUCGUACAGCGUCUACAACGCUCUCGCCAUCGCGGCCGGCGACCUGCCCACCGACUUCCGCCCCAGCUUCGUCAACACGCAGCCCACCUUCAACUUCCCGCCGCAGCCCGCCUGGGGCGACGCCACCAAGAUUGUCGCCAUGGACCCCUUUGGCAACGACCCCGUCCGCUACUUCAAGAAGCACCUCGACGCCGGCCUCGACGUCCGCCCCACGAUAGCAAUCACCCGCGCCACCAUGAAGCUCGCCGAGAUCAGCGAGGCCGUCAAGCUCGGCCGCCUCCCCGUCGACGGCACCAUCGUCACCAGCGCUGGCGGUGACGUCCGCGUCACCAAGGCCGCCGUCGAGCCCGUCUGGUACCUGCCCGGCGUCGCCGAGCGCUUCGGCAUCGACGAGGGCACCCUCCGGCGGAACCUGUUUGAGCAGUGCGGUGGCAGCUACCCGGAGCUCAUCACCCGGCCCGACAUCAAGGUCUUCCUCCCGCCCAUCGGCGGCCUGACCGUGUACAUCUUUGGCCCGCCCGAGCGCGUCUCGGACGAGAAGGUCAAGCUCGCCCUGCGCAUCCACGACGAGUGCAACGGCUCCGACGUCUUCCAGUCCGACAUCUGCACGUGCCGCCCGUACCUCGCCUUCGGUAUCGAGGAGGCCAUCAAGGAGGCCCAGAACGGCGGCUCCGGCGUCGUCAUCUACUUCCGGAAGGAGGGCCGCGCCCUCGGCGAGGUCGUCAAGUACCUCGUGUACAAUGCCCGGAAGCGCGGUGGCGACACGGCCGACAAGUACUUUGAGAGGACAGAGAACAUUGCUGGUGUCAGAGAUAUGCGCUUCCAAGCCCUGAUGCCCGACAUCCUGCACUGGCUCGGCAUAAAGAAGAUCGACCGCAUGCUGUCCAUGUCCAACAUGAAGCACGAUGCCAUUGUCGCCCAGGGCAUCCCCAUCCUCGAGCGCAUCCCCAUCCCAGAAGAGAUGAUUCCCGAAGACUCGCGCGUAGAAAUCGACGCCAAGAUCAACGCGGGCUACUUCACCACCGGCAAGAAGUACACGGACGAGGAGCUCAAGCAGGUCGAGGGCCGCGGGUGGAAGAACUGGGAGGAUGUGACCCAUUGAGCCUUGAUUCUGGGAAGAUAGAAAAGCCGCAUGCAGUAAUUGAGAUACCAUUUCCAAGU